GAACUGCUACCGGAGCUGUAUAUGCACUUUCAGUCGCAGAACUAUCACACGUCUAUGUAUGCCAGCAGUUGGUUCCUCACACUCUUCACUUCAUGCCUACCCCUUCACAUCGCAUACCGUGUUUUGGAUCUCUUUCUCUACGAUGGAAUCGAAAUGAUUUUUCGCAUAUCUAUCGCUAUAUUAUUGUUAUGCAAAGAAGACUUACUUCGACUCGAUAUGGAAGGGCUGCUGAGAUAUUUUCAAAAGGAGAUGCCGUCCAAGUGCGAGACUGACCCUGAUUAUUUGGUUAACCUCUGCGUUCAAGUGAAGUACGACCAAAAGAAGAUGAAAAAAUUAGCCAAAGAUUAUCAAACAGUAAAGGCUAAGGAACAGGAAGAGUUGGUUGAGCUGAGGAGAUUACGGACUGAGAAUCGAUUACUUCGACAGCGAAUCGAGAACUUAGAGCACGAGAGCGCGGAAUUGGCCGAUAAACUGAUUCAGGGACAGGUGUGUCGGGCACAGGAGGCUGAAGACAACUUUGUCAUCAAACGAGAGUUGGCUGCCAUUCGACAGCAGGAGUUGGAGGCGAAGAACGAGUUGGAG